AUGUGCGGCUACAUCCACUCCACCGGGGGGGUCGCCUCUCCGGCCGACCUGGGCCUGACGCUGGCCUCGGGCGCCCUGUGGCUGUGUGCCCUGGGCCUCGUGGCCUCUCACGUGUGGCGGGCCGACAGCCUUCGCAUGGGCCGCGCCGCUCGACUGUUGGUGCGGCGAGGCCUGGAGCCGGCCUGCACGCCCACGGCGCUCCUCCUCAAUCGCCGGAGGCCUCCGGCGGCUCCGGCGGCUCCGGCGGCUCCUGCUGAGGAGGAGGCAGCGGCGGUGGCCGCGGAGGGGGGCGUGGGGUUGGAGGCGGCGGGGGUGGAGGGGAAGGACGAGCGGGCUCAGAAUGAGCGAGUCUUUAUCUAUUUGUGUGCCACGAUGUGGCACGAGACAAAGGAGGAGAUGACAAACAUCAUCACCUCCAUCCUGAGGCUGGACAGGAGUCAGCCACGUUGCCAUUUCGAGCAGCGUGGAGCUUCCAAGAUCCGUGAACCGUACGACUUCGAGGCACAUAUCUUCUUUGACGAUGCCUUCCAAACAUCACCACCAUCACCAUCACCACCACCAUCACCACCAUCACCACCAUCACCAUCAUCACCACCAUCACCACCAUCACCAUCAUCACCACCAUCACCACCACCACCACCAACGACUGGAAGGACGAGGAGAGGUCGCGUGGUGAAUAGCUACGUGUCAUGUCUACUGGGCGUGGUGCAGGAUGUGUGCAGCUACUUUGAGAGCCCUACCACUGCUGGUUCUGACUCUGUGGGUGUCCGGGUGGUUCUGAGGGAGACGCCCUAUGGCGCGCGUCUCUCCUACCGCCUGCCUUUCGGAAAUCGCCUCCACGUGCACGUCAAGGACAAGGAGCUCAUUCGACAUCGCAAGCGCUGGUCACAGGUGAUGUACAUGUACUACCUGCUGGGAUGGAAGAUGCACAAGAAGAUGGAAUCAAUUCCACCACAGUUCAGAGAGGAAUGGUACAAGACGGUGAAACACAACACGUACCUGCUGGCGCUAGAUGGCGACACAGACUUCGUGCCCUCAGCCCUUUGCCUGCUCGUUGAUCGUCUCAGACGAGACGCGCACGUGGGUGCAGCUUGUGGUCGCAUCCAUCCCACGGGGAGUGGACCUCUGAUCUGGUACCAGAAGUUCGAAUACGCCGUUGGCCACUGGCUUCAGAAGACAACUGAGCACGUGCUGGGCUGCGUCUCUCUGUGUCUCUGUAAGUUCGAAUACGCCGUUGGCCACUGGCUUCAGAAGACAACUGAGCACGUGCUGGGCUGCGUCCUCUGCUCGCCCGGCUGUUUCAGCCUCUUCAGAGCCGAGGCCAUCAUGGACGAUAACGUUCUCAGGACGUACACCACUGUGGCAACAGAGGCGAGGCACUACGUACAGUACGACCAAG